AAUCCAAUCGUCGACGUCAAAUCAUAGUGUCAAUUAGUGUCAAACUUGAAUAAAAUCGAAUUUUAUUUUACGUUUCUUUUUGUCUUGUCGUUUGGUCAGCAAGUAUCUGAUUAGGAUUAUUCAACAAUUAUUCAAUUAUUUAAUACAGGAACGUAUAUAAUAUUAAACAAAUAUGAAGAAAGUGUUAUUUAUUUGUUUGCUAUCUUUAGCAACAUGUCUGAGCCAAGCGGAUGUUAAACAAGAGACUCCUGUGAAACCAUUGAGUCCAGCAAUACCCAAAAAUGAGGCUGCACAAACUCCAACACCUGCAAACAAAGAAGCAGCUCCCCAAACAAACACUGAUAAGAGUCCAAUACCACCAGUUCAAACACUCCAAGGAACACCACAGAAUCCUCCGACAACUACAACUAAAGUAGAAGAUAAUGCUACAAAAUCUAAUGCUACAGAAAAUAAUACAACUCCAGACAAAAAGCAAGUAGACCCAAAUGUAGUUACAAAUAAUACUGCAACUGAUACAACCAAACCUAGCAAUGAAACUACAACAAACAAAAUUCCUACAACUGAUGAUACCAACAAAACUCCAAGCAGUAGCACAACAGUACCAGAACAUGCAACUACCAAGAAAAAUGAGACUCAACCUGAAGCUACUACCAAACCCACCAAUACUGAUAACCAUGUUCUCCAAGCCAGAGGUUUUGACGGUCCCAGUUUCUUCGGAGGCAUCAUACUGACCCUCGGCCUGCUAGCCAUCGGUUUCAUGGGUUUCAAGUACUACAAAAAUCAAACUGAAAGAAAUUAUCAUACUCUCUAAGAAUAUUUUAAGUUUCUCCAACCUUCAUAUCUAUUUAUAUAUAUAGCUUGAGUUCAAAUUGAGAAGUUUAUUUAUUUUUUCAUUCACUUAGAUUUGAAUUUCGAAUAUUUUAGAAUACAAACAGGGUUUUCGGCGUUCACUAGUUGAAGCAAUUUGUUACAAAUCCAUAUUGAUAUGGUGGCGGCUGAUAUAUUGGUAUUUUAGUCUGGACACGAAUUUAACUUUAUUCUCAUUUUAUUUUUAUUAUAAUGUUGUAGAUUUUAUGUUUUAGUAUAAACAAGCAUUUAUAUCACAGGUUUCGCGUGUUUUAGUGUAAUCUCUGUAAUAUAAGAUAAUAUGGCUCCAUUCCAUUUUGCAAGCCAAGUUUGUGAUGUUAUUUGAGUUGCUUGGGAUGUUCUGCGCAUGUAGUCAUAUUAGAUAACUUGAUAACAUCCCAUGCUCGGCUUGAAUAAUGAGGAUCAGCUUUUAUAUAUGCACCUAUAGUAAAAUAUUGUGAUCUGUAAAUUUGAUCUAUUGAAGGAGACUUUGUAUUUUUUUUAUUUUGUUAUGGCAAUUGUGCAAUUUAGUUUUUAGUUUUGCAGAUUAAAAGCUGUGCCAUCUUUUAUCUUCCACAUUUUCGUUUUUCUAAUGUAACUACACUAGGCAGUUUGAAUUUGCACUGAAUCUAUAAAAACAAUGUAUGUAGUCAUAAGUAUAUGAUUAAUUAUUAAGUGUUAAUGUAUAAGGCAACGCAAUGUGAUGAUGAAAAUAAGGGUCUAAAAUAGUACCUACAUUGUUGUGGCACAAUUAAGACAAUGAAUCUCCUAUUGGCAUUAUUCCUAUUGUAUUAUUAUAUUACUAGCUUGUAAAGUGCAAAAUGAAGAUAUUUAAGAAUCUCCAAUAACAUUUUGGCAUAUGCUGAUCAAAAUUUUAUGAAAAUCUUGCCCUUUAUACACAACGGCAUAUGUCUGAAAUGUGGUUUAUAAAACGGACAGUACUUUUUUGUGCCACAACAGUAUUUUAUGUUUUGUUUUAUUUUUAUUUUGUAUAGUAAAUUUGCAUGCCAAUUUGUAAACUGGGAAAGUUGAUUCCAUCCUAAAGUGCUCUUAAAUCUGAACUAUAUAUGGAUAAGUAUUCAAAAUGGUUUACAAGCCACUAUAUAGAUUUUCCUGUCAUCUUACUGCUGCUCUUAUGUCACUAAAUGGUUAUGUUAAUAAAGGUAUAAUACCAAG